AUGAAGCUGCUGAGCUGGAACUGCCAAGGGCUUGGGAACCCUUGGACAGUUCGAAGCCUUCACAAAAUGGUGAAGGAUCAAGCUCCCAAUAUUUGUUUCCUUAUGGAAACAAGGCUGGACAAGAAAGGUUAUAAGAAGCAUUGUAAGGACCUGCCAUUUCCCAAUCAAAUCAUUGUGAAAAACCCAAAUUCUGGAGGCGGUUUAGCUCUGAUCUGGAAACAUGGAGUGGACGUGGAUGUUAUCAAUUUUACACAAAACCACAGUUUAGCAAGGGUGAGGGAGGAGGACGGUUUUGUGUGGUACAUGACUGGUUUUUAUGGCUGGCCAGAUUCUUCACAGAAAUCCAAGUCGUGGGCUUUACUCCAUCAUUUGAUGUCUUUCGUAGAGGGUCCGUGGAUGUGCAUAGGGGAUUUCAACGCCAUUUUGCAUUUGCAUGAGAAACAGAGUGCUCGGGCACCUCCAUACAGCCAAAUGGAUGAGUUCAAGGAAGCUUUGGAAAAGUGUCACCUAACUGAUUUGGGGUUUGUUGGGUAUCCUUUCACCUGGAAUAACAAACGUCCUGGAUUGGCCAACACUAGGCAGCGCUUAGAUCGUGCAGUAGCAACAGAAAGUUGGAAAAUGAAAUUUUCGGUUAGAACUUCUAGAAGCAGUGGUGCAAGGGUUCCAAGACCAUUCAAGUUUGAAGAGUCAUGGUUACUGUGGGAGGACUGUGAAGCAAUGGGCUCCACCAGAACCCACCCUGAUACAGAGAGAAUCAAAACUCUCCAAAAAAGAGUGGAAGACCUCAACAAGGAAGAGUCAACGGAUGACAGUAAGGUUGAAUUCUUAGCAAUAAGUAAGGAGCUGGAUGAUCUUUUAAUGAAGCAAGAGAUUUAUUGGGCACAAUGCUCAAGGAUCUCAUGGCUAAAGCAUGGGGAUAAGAACACGAAAUUUUUUCACUCUAAGGCAUCAAAUAGAAGAAGGAGAAACUUGAUUCAGGGUAUAAGAACACAAGACAAUAGGUGGGUGGAAGACAUAUCAGAUAUUGGUCAGGUAGCCACCAGUUAUUUUGAGAGGAUGUUUACAGCAGGUACAUGUGACCGGAUGGAGGAGUGUUUGAAUGCCGUUCAACAAAAAAUCACUGAAGAUAUGAAGGAGUUUUUGACCAGGGAUUACAGUGUGGAUGAGAUCAAAGCAGCGUUGUUCCAAAUGGGACCAACAAAGGCUCCUGGACCCGACGGUAUGAAUGCACUUUUUUACCAAAAAUUUUGGAAUAUUGUUGGUGAUGAUGUUGUUGUAGCGGUAUUAGAUUUUCUAAAUUCUGGAAAUAUGGACCCUGCUGUGAAUUAUACACAUAUUAUUCUGAUCCCAAAAAUCAAAUCCCCAGAAAAAAUGUCUGACUAUAGACCUAUCAGUCUUUGUAAUGUCAUAUAUAAAAUCAUUUCUAAAGUCCUAGCCAACAAACUGAAACAAAUUCUUCCCCAGAUAAUCUCUUCGACCCAGAGUGCCUUUGUUCCCAGCCGCCUUAUAACUGAUAAUAUUUUGGUGGCUUAUGAAUGUUUACAUGCCAUGCAUUUUCGUAAAAAAGGAAAAAAGGGCUCUAUUGCUCUGAAACUAGACAUAAGUAAAGCUUAUGACAGGGUUGAGUGGGCCUUUCUUAAAGGCAUUAUGGAAAAGAUGGGGUUUCCUUUGAUUUGGAUUGAUCGGGUCAUGUCUUGUGUUACCACUCCUUCUUUCUCUGUAUGUAUUAAUGGUAAACCCUUUGGUAAUAUCUCUCCAUCUAGGGGGAUCCGACAAGGAGACCCAUUAUCUCCUUAUUUGUUUCUCCUAUGUGCAGAGGGGUUUACUUCACUUCUGGCCAAAGCUGAGAUGGAGGGGCAGAUUCAUGGGAUGUCCAUUUGCAGAAGUGCUCCCUGUAUUUCUAACCUUCUAUUUGCAGAUGAUUCUCUAGUAUUCUGCCAGGCAAACCGAGGAGAGGUGCAGGGGUUGAUGGAGAUCUUGGAGUUGUAUGCUUCAGCUUCAGGGCAAUGCAUAAAUUUGGAAAAGUCUUCCGUUUAUUUUAGCAGCAAUACUGAAGCAAGGCACAGGGAAGAGAUUAAAAACAUGUUAGGGGUACAGGAAGUUGCAAGAUUUGAAUCUUAUUUAGGGCUACCAACCUUGAUUGGUAGAUCUAAAUAUCAAACUUUCUCCUUUCUCAAGGAUAGAAUUUGGAAAAAGCUCCAGGGUUGGAAGGGUAAACUGUUGUCGAGGGCGGGGAAGGAGGUACUAAUAAAAGCUGUAGCUCAAUCUAUCCCCACAUACACUAUGGGGGUUUUUCUUUUACCUCUGAAGCUCUGCAAUGAACUCAAUGCUAUGUGUGCUCGAUUUUGGUGGGGUCAGGUGGGUGAUGAAAGGAAGAUCCAUUGGAAGAGUUGGGAUUCGAUGUCUAAGCCAAAGAGAGAAGGGGGCAUGGGAUUUAGGGACAUUCGGUGCUUUAAUUUGGCAAUGCUUGCCAAGCAAGGAUGGAGGCUGAUCCAGGAUACAGGUUCAUUGGUAUAUGCUUGUUUCAAGGCUAGGUACUUUCCAAGGUGCAGUUUCUUGGAGGCUAAAGAUGCUUCCAACAGCUCGUAUGUUUGGAAAAGUAUUCUAGCUGCUCAAGAAAUUCUGAAAAAUGGAUGUUGCUGGCGGGUGGGAACUGGAGUUGAUAUUAGAGUUAUGGCAGAGAAGUGGAUACCGAAUCAUCCUAGUAACAUGGUGAUUCACCAACCACAGGAGGUAGAAUGGGAAUGGAGGGUGGUGGAACUAAUAGACUGGAAUGUUGGUGCCUGGAAUAAAAAUUUGAUAGAGAUGAAGUUCCAUAAAGAAGAUGCUGAUGCAAUCCUUAGAAUCCCACUUAGUAGAAGAUUCGUGGUUGACUCUAUUUUUUGGCUCUUUAACAGAGAUGAGGACUAUUCUGUCAAGUCUGGUUAUAAGGUAGCAUGUAAAGUCAGGAAGGAAGCAAGCAUGCAGGGGGAAAGCUCAAUGGCAGGAGAUAGUCAGUUGGUGUGGAGAAAGAUAUGGCAGAUGCACAUCCCAAAUAAAAUUAAAGUCUUUGUGUGGCGGGCUUGUCAUGGCAUUCUACCUACUCGGGCCAACCUGCUUCAAAAACAUGUAGUUGAAGAUAGUACAUGUGUACUCUGUAAAUGUACUAGUGAAACAGAGCUGCAUGUGUUGUGGGAAUGUGGCGUGGCUCAAGACAUAUGGGCUGGGAGCAUGAGGAAGCUACAGAAAGGACAUGAUUUUCUGCAAUUGGUGGAGGAAUUAAUGCUGAAGCUGUCACGGGAGGAGCUGGAGUUGUUUUUUGUACAGGCUUGGCUUAUAUGGACUCAGCGCAAUACAGUGACGUUUGGUGGAGUGAUUCAGGACCCUUCUCGGCUGGUGAAGAGAGCUGGUGAAUACUUGGAGGAGUUUAAAAUGUCCCAAGUCCAGCUGGCUAUGUCGACAGUUAGUGCGAGAAGCUCAAGAUGGAUUCCCCCGCCAGGCUUGAGUUACAAGCUCAACUUUGAUGCAGCCAUCUUCCAGGACGGUGAGGCGUCGGGUUUCGGGGUGGUAAUUCGGAAUAAUGGUGGGGAGGUUAUGGCGGCUUUUUCUGCAAGAGGACCGGCCAUCUCUGACAGUGAGGAAGCGGAAGUUUUGGCUUGUAGGAAGGCGUUGGAGUUUGCUGCAGAUUCGGGCUUCACUGAGCUGAUACUUGAAGGAGACAACUCGGUGGUUAUGAACGUCAUUUCAAGCUCACGCAUGUUCCAGUCCAGGUUGGGCCAUCUGUAUUCCGACGUCAACUGCCUGGCUACGGGACUACCUGUACUUUCGCUAUCCUGUGUGGCUCGUUCAGCUAAUUCCGUGGCGCACUCUCUAGCUCGUUUUGCACAAUGUAUCAAUGAGGAUAUGAUUUGGCCGGAGGAAUCUCCUCAACCGGCCUUGGAAGCUUUGUACUUUGAUGCACACUAA